AUGCCACCAUACGCCGACAAUGCCGCCGCCCAGAAGUCAACCUGGAGCUCUCCUUAUAAUGUUGUUCACGACUCCAUCUCCUUCAAUGAUGGCCAACUCCAAGCCAUCAUACUGAAGACGAUCAAUAUCGAGGGUGCCACCGAGCGCUUCCCCCUGACUGUGACGUUCCACAAGUCCGGAACCGCACGAGUAACAGUUGAUGAGGAGAAGAGGAAGAAGAAGGAAAUCACACUGAGACACGAUAGUCAAGCGAGAAAAGAGCGUUACAACGAGGCCGAGAAGUGGGUUGUUGUGGGCGGUGUCGAUAAGGAUGAGAAUGCCAAGAUCUCUCACCAGGACAAAGACCAAGUCAACAUCAACUACGGUCCAGACUCCAAAUUUGAGGCAGUCAUUCGACUGUCGCCGUUCGAGGUUGAUUUCAGACGAGAUGGCGACUCCCACGUUAAAUUCAACGACAAUGGCCUUUUCAACAUGGAGCAUUGGCGACCCCACGUCGAGAACCCUGCGCCUAAGGAGGGAGAGGAGGCAGCCCAGGUGGAGGUUGCCCAGAAAGAGGAUGAGAGCACCUGGUGGGAUGAAUCCUUUGGCGGAAACACCGACUCAAAACCUCGUGGCCCUGAAAGUGUCGCGCUUGAUAUCUCCUUCCCUGGGUACGAACACGUGUAUGGUAUCCCCGAGCACACGGGACCGAUGUCGCUGAAGCAGACGCGGGGAGGGGACGGCAAUUUCGAGGAGCCUUACCGCCUGUACAACUCGGAUGUUUUCGAGUAUAUUUUAGACAGCCCCAUGACUCUUUAUGGUUCCAUUCCUUUCAUGCAGGCACACCGAAAGGGCUCGUCUGUUGGGGUUUUCUGGCUGAACGCUGCUGAGACUUGGGUGGACAUUGUCAAGGCCAAAGACUCCAUCAACCCCCUGAGCCUCAGCACUCCCAAGACGACAACCAAGACCCACUGGAUCUCCGAGAGUGGUGUCCUUGAUGUCUUUGUCCUCUUGGGCCCCACCCCUAAAGAUCUCACAAGCACUUAUGGCGAGCUUACUGGCUACUCUGCUAUGCCCCAAGAGCUGGCCAUCGGAUAUCACCAGUGCCGAUGGAACUACAUUUCCGACGACGAUGUCAAGGAUGUUGAUCGUAAGAUGGACAGGUUCAAGAUCCCCUACGACGUCAUUUGGCUUGACCUCGAGUAUACCGACGACAGAAAGUACUUCACGUGGGAGCCUCAUUCCUUUGCCGACCCUAUUGGCAUGGGCAAGCAGCUACAAGAGCAUGGCCGUGGCUUGGUUCUCCUGAUUGAUCCCCACAUCAAAAAGGUUGACGGCUACUCUCAAAGCUCAGAACUCGUCUCUAAGGAUCUUGCGGUUCAUAACAAGGACAACAACAUCUACGACGGUUGGUGCUGGCCUGGAAAUUCCAACUGGAUCGAUUGCUUCAACCCCAAGGCCAUCGAGUGGUGGAAGGGUCUUUUCAAGUACGACGCUUUCAAGGGAACUUUGGAGAACACCUUCAUUUGGAACGAUAUGAGCGAGCCUUCCGUUUUUAAUGGACCGGAAACCACUAUGCCCAAGGACAACAUCCACUACGAGAACUGGGAGCACCGAGACGUCCACAACUUGAACGGUCUCACCUUCCAAAACGCGACCUUCCAGGGUAUGGUGACUCGAAAGAAGGGUGAGCUCCGGCGACCAUUUAUCCUCACGCGCUCGUUCUAUUCCGGCUCCCAGCGUCUGGGUGCGAUGUGGACUGGUGACAACCAGGCUGCCUGGGACCAUCUGGAAGCAUCGAUCCCCAUGAUUUUGAACCAGGGCAUCUCUGGUUUCCCCUUUGCUGGAGCUGAUGUCGGUGGCUUCUUCGGCAACCCUGAGAAGGAUCUCCUUGUCCGUUGGUACCAGACGGGUGCUUUCUACCCCUUCUUCAGGGCCCAUGCUCACAUUGACUCCCGUCGCCGUGAACCCUACCUGCUUGGCGAGGAACACACUGCCAUCGCCACGGCCGCCAUCCGACUCCGGUACACCCUGCUCCCAGCCUGGUACACUGCCUUUUACGAGGCCAACAAGGACGGAAGCCCUAUCGUCCGACCUAUGUACUGGACACAUCCUUCGGAAGAAGCUGGUUUCGCCAUCGACGACCAGCUCUUUGUGGGCUCGACCGGUCUGCUUGCAAAGCCUAUCACCAAGCAGGACCAGUUUUCAACCGAUAUCUGGAUCCCCGACGACGAGGUGUACUACGACUACUUCACAUACGAGGCCAAGAAGACCCAAAAGGGAAAGCACCUCACCGUCUCCGCCUCUCUAAGCCAGAUCCCCCUCCUUAUGCGGGGCGGCCACAUCUUUCCUCGCCGCGACAUCCCCCGCCGCUCGGCGGCCACGAUGAAGUUCGACGACUACACCUUGGUCGUCUCGGCCUCCAAGGCCGGCACCGCCGAGGGCGAGCUGUACGUCGACGACGGCGACAGCUUCGACUUUGAGCAUGGCCAGUACAUCCACCGCAGGUUCUCGCUCGACCAGUCCGCCCUCCGCUCAACCGAGGCAGAGGGACGGGACGCGGCGUCGCUCAAGCAGGGCAAGUGGCUCCAGGCCAUGAGGGAGGUGUACGUGGACAAGAUCAUCGUGGUGGGGGCUCCCGCCGCGUGGAGCAGGGAGGAGGUGCAGAUCACCUCUGAGGGCCGCUCGUGGCCUGUCAAGGUGCAGUACCAUCCCGCUGCCAACGGCAAGGCUGCUUUUGCCGUUGUUGGAAGGGUUGGCGCUCGCAUCGGCGAGGACUGGAGCAUCGAGCUUGCGUGA